CUGACGUCAGCUCUGGGGAGUGUAAACGCACACGCGCCUUUAGUUGGGGAAAGAGCCCAUUCUCAACUUUCCGUAAAGGAAACGAUUUCAGAAGUUUUCCUCCUUCCGUUAUCUCUGCUUGCUUUUGGACAAUGCGCGACCCACACAUGUCCGUGUGUUGACAGCGCUGGACACUGUGUGUGUGGUGUAUACUACAGUUGCGUCUUUCCCCGACUCACCUAUAGAGCGUAGGCCUAAACAGGUAGGCCAGUUUUGAUAAUUCUUCUUCGGAGAGAGUAGAAGCGUGAAGAUGGAGCUACCAGUUCCCAAGAAAAAUAUGCUGAUUCUAGUUGAUGUUUUCUGUGUGGUUAUCGCGGCCCUUCCGUCAGCGGUCUUAACGUUAAUGUUCAGCCCGUACCAGAGGGGUAUCUACUGUGAUGACGAGAGCAUCAGAUAUCCUUACAGAAGAGACACCAUCUCCCACAGGGCAAUGGCUGCAGUCACCAUCCCCUCCUCCAUAGUCAUAAUAACUACAGGAGAAGCGUACCUGGUGUACUCCAAGCGUCUCCACUCCAACUCUAACUUUAACCAGUACAUGUCAGCUCUCUACAAGGUGGUGGGGACCUUCCUGUUUGGAGCAGCUGUGAGCCAAUCACUGACUGACCUGGCCAAGUUCACCAUCGGCAGGCCACGCCCUAACUUCCUGUCUGUGUGUAAUCCCACUGUUUGUUCUGGGUACAUGCUGCAACUCAACUGUACUGGCAACCCUCGAAACGUCACUGAGUCCAGAUUGUCGUUUUACUCCGGACACUCUGCCUUCGGGAUGUACAGCAUGCUGUUUCUAGCAUUGUAUGUGCAAGCACGUAUGCAGGGGAAGUGGACUCGUCUGGUCAGACCCACCGUGCAGUUCUUCCUCGUGGCGUUUGCGUUGUACGUUGGAUACACACGGGUUAGCGACUACAAACACCACUGGAGCGACGUACUGGUGGGACUGCUGCAGGGAACUCUCAUCGCUGUGCUCAACGUUUGCUACGUCUCUGAUUUCUUUAAGCUCCGCCCCCCUCCUCGCCGCCCACGAUCAGAGACGGCUGAAGACGAACACCUAGAGGCCAAACCUGGCGUGAACCCAGACACACAACUACACAACAACCACUACAACUAUACAACUACUACAGCCUGAACACAGACUAACAACUACACUGCAACUACACAACAACCUCUACACAACAAUCAUGGCAACCGUGGGGAAGGGGCGGCGACAGGAAUUUGUUGGUGGGUAGGCCUGCAGAGAUUUGGGUGGGCAAUUUUUUUAAAUUAAAAUGUUUUGUUAACUAACUUCCUGCAAUGUUGCCAUGUGGCCAAGAGAGAAAUGUACCGUUUUAUAGCUGUCUAUGAAUUCUAUCUGAUGAUGUUUGCAUGUUUAGGUAAAAAGACGACAAAUAAUUAGAGUCCGACCCCGUAUUGGAUUUUUGGGUCCGAUACCGAUUUUGAGGGAGCGAAAAGUCACAGAUUACUGAUAUCUGUCGAUUUAUUGGUUUUUUAGAGGUUGAAUGAAAAACAGACCAAAUUGUGCUUCAAAUGAUCAACAGAUACUCUAAAUGAUAAUUUUAAAACUAAAUAUUAUAGUUAACAUUAUUUAAGAACAUUUUAUUUGUGGUUUACAGGAGAUCCAUCAAAAAGCAAUUAUGUUCUCUAUAAAUUCGACAGUGAAGUCACAGAUUACAAAGCUUGUUUAGUUGACUUUCUUAGGUGCAACUUAAAAAUGUCUAUGGCAGUGGAAAAGAAUUUAUGAAUAUGAAAAAUUAUUUGUGCUAAACCACCAUAAGGGUGAGUAGAUUACGACAAGCACACGCUAGCUGUUCAUUACGACAAUGUUUUCUUAAAGAAACCAUAUUUACAUAACACUGUUAUUCAAUACAAAAUGUAUUGGCUAUACAUUUCAACUGCAAAUGGCAUGCGCUGAUGACUGAAAAUGUUUAUGCAUGCAAAUUCUUGCUGCGCUGGUUUUUGUCACACGUUCUAAUUUCGCGAGCUAGUUAACAUUAGCUACUUAUCUCAUAAUGAAUGCAAGCACAUGGCCUGAAUGAUAGACCUGCGCCAACUGUCUUGUUUUUUGCAGAUUGCAUAUUUCAGAAAACUAACUAAAUUAGCCCACUAGCUAACAUAAUAGGCCCUGACAGUAUCGGUCUUCUUUUUGUAUCAACGACGAGUGUUCACUUUGGCGCCAGUCCAGUGUUGGCACAUACGUAGCACAGAUUGCUGGCUAGAUAGCUACGCUAACUACCUUUCUGGUUAGCUAGCCAGCUAACGUUAACAAAGUGAGAAUGUGAUGAGGACAGGGCUGCUUGCUUGGUGAAGUGUACUUUUGAUUAUUUACUCAUGCUGGCUGUGGCAAGCUACUCAAGCUACAAACCACCAUGUCUACUUUCCCUCACAUUGUGGACUAGGGCUGAAUGAUGUUCAAUGAGCAGCUGGUAGAGUGCCCUCUUUAGGCAACCAUUGAAAAUGGAGCAGACAUAUUUGUUUAUUAUAUGUAUAUAAUAUGGGCACUUUAUCUGUGGAAUAAAGGCAGAUAAAAAUAUCGGCCGAUUAAUAUCGGUCGGGCUCUACAAAUAAUGUCCCAUUUGGAACACUGACAAGGAAAGAGCAGUACUUUAAAAAUAUAUAUCUAGAAAGAAAAUAGGUUUUUGCUCCCAGUGGGGGCACCCAUGGGCCAACCCAUGCCUACGCCCCUGCCGUGUGGCUGUCUGUGUGAGAGAAGUGUGUAUAUCAGUGACUAGAAUAAAUGGAAUGUAUCAAACACCUCAAGCAUAUGGAAACCACAUGUUUGUUUAUUCCGGUCCAGCAUUACAAUGACCCUGUCCUCCGAUAGCUUCUCCCACCAGCCACCACUGGUGUAUAUGAGAAGAUGUGUAUAACCACUCACAUGCACAUGCAUUUAACUUUGUAUUUUAUUUUAAUACAAUGUACUAAAAGUAUGGAGGAUGAGACAGUUUUUUUUUUUAACAGACAAAUAAUCAUUGUGUAGUUCUCUAGAUUUCAAUUAUGCUAACAGGAAACACUGAAACAACUUUUUAUUUUUUUUAAAUGUAUGAUUCAUUUAUAUUUCCUGUGCAGCAGCAUCAACCAGGUUGUCUUCUUGGGAUUUGUAGUUUAUUUGAGUGUCCUGUAGUUCUUUUUUAACCCACCCUCUAGUCUAGUUUGUAUUUGUAAAUGAUUUUUUUGUGUGUUUGUAAUGCUUUGAUUCCUUUUACCUACACUGGAGCUACUAAUCCUCUCACACUUCUUCCAUCAAGACAGCGGUCUCCAAGCCUCGUGCUGGGGAGCUACUGGGCUGCAGGCUUUUGUUCCCACCCACCACCAACCUACCUGAUUUAACUAGUCGUUAAGACCUUGAUUAGCUGAAUCAGGUGGGUUAGUGUGCUCAUCCUGUAGUUCUCCAGGAGGGGGGGGGGGGAGACCAAUGGUCUGGAGUUCAGUGUUAGGCCUAUUGGUACCUAGCAUGUCUGUAGAAGACAUGCAUGUACAGUAUAUGGAAUGUAAAACAGUGUUGCAUAGAUAAUUACUAACUGUUUUUCUGUCGUAUCUUUAAGAAUGUAAUACCACUACUAGCCCACUGAUGUUUUUAAAAAAUGUUAUUGACGCAACUUGUAUUAGUUACUCCAGUUUAUUAUAUAUAAAGCUGUGUAUAACCUGCCUUCUCGCAUGGCAACACAGGUCCAGAUCAUGAUGCCAUGUGCUGCCUUUGAAAUGUUGAUGUUGACAAUCGUCAGUGUGUCAAUGAUUGAGUCACUCACUGAGAUGUUCUCUGAAAAACACAUUACACUUCUGCAAAGGGUUAAGAUAUACACUAUAUGACCAAAAGUAUGUGCUCGUCCAACAUCUCAUUCCAAAAUCAUGGGCAUUAAUAUGGAGUUGGUCCCCGCUUUGCUGUUAUAACAGCCUCCAAUCUUCUGGGAAGGCUUUCCACUAGAUGUUGGAUCAUUGCUAUGGGGACUUGCUUCCAUUCAGUCACCAGCAUUAGUCAGGUUGGGCACUGAUGUUUGGCGAUUAUGCCCGGUUCGCAGUCGGUGUUCCAAUUAAUCCCAAAGCUGUCCGAUGGGGUUGAGGUCAGGGCUCUGUGCAGGCCAGUCAAUUUCUUCCACAAAGAUCUCGACAAACCAUUUCUGUAUGGGCCUCGCUUUGUGCAUGAGGGCAUUGUCAUGCUGAAACAGGAAAGGGCCUUCCCCAAACUGUUGCCACAAUGUUGGAAGCACAGAAUCGUCUAGAAUGUCAUUGAUUUCCCUUCACUGGAAUGAAAAAAAAAACACAAUUUCGUAGCUGAGCCAUUGUUACUCCUAGACGUUGCCACUCACAAUAACAGCACUUACAGUUGACUAGGGCAUCUCUAGCAGAGCAGAAAUUUGACAAACUGACUUGUUGAAAUGGUGGCAUCCUAUGACGGUGCCACAAUGAAAGUCACUGAGCUUUUCACUACGGGCCUUUGUUUGUCUAUGGAGAUUGCAUGGCUGGGUGUUCAAUUUAUACACCUGUCAGCAACGAGUGUGGCUGAAAUAGCCGAAUCCACUAGUUUGAAGGGGUGUCAACCUACUUUUGGCCAUGUAGUGUAUUUUAUUGUGUUUGUAUCCACACUGUAAUCCUUCAUAAGCUUGUCUGUAACAAACUGUAGCUGCAAUCAAAUGUGUGUAUUUCUUCUUGAUGGAAAAGGGAACUUGAUAAUAACUUUAUAAUCUGACAACUCCUGCUGAGACGAAAGUGCAUGCAGAACCACAGAGUUACUGCUGUGGAGGCAUGGGUAGAGAGGGAUGAAUGGAGGGAUGGCUAAACGGAUGGAAUGAAUGCAUAGGACGCCUUCAACUUCAUGGAUUCAUCCAAGUGAUUCACUAGGACCUUCCCAAUGUUUGUUGGAGUGAGGGCACACCAGACCCAGUGAUGAAGACAUUGCACAUGUUGUCAUAGCUUUAUUUCAAUUUGUUUUAUUUUAUUUCUCUGUAUUGCUUUUUUGUAGUUUAUGCAUAAAGACAAACUAAUAUGCC